AUGGUGGUGAUGAUGAAGAUUGUGAUGAUGAUGAUGAUGAUGAUGAAGAUGGUGAUGUGACACCAUGUCUCUGAAUGUGUGAACGCUUCAGCAGCUUUAGCCCAACCCCACGCGCCCUAAUGAGAAAGGGAGCUAAUCUAGUGCACUAUGGAGUACAGCAGUGUGCGCGCGCGCGGUUUGGGACGCAGACCUUUCCUGCGCUGUGGUGCGGGAGCGCGCGCCUGUCCCGCGCCUUCACCGGGAGCAGACCGGGAGUGUGUGUGUGUGUGUGUGUGUGUGUGUGUGUGUGAAGCAGCACGUGAUCUUCGCGCUCUCUGUAAUCUGAGAGUUAUUGGUUUGUCGGUUUGUUUGUGUUGUUUGUGUUACAUGCGGUGUGUGAACAUGUCCGCGGCCGGUAACGCGUCGCUUCCCCCCUCCGUUAACUUCACCAACCGGUUCGCGCAGCCGCCGUGGCGCGUGGCUCUGUGGUCGCUGGCGUACAGCUGCGUGCUGGUGGUCGCCGUGUUCGGGAACCUGGUGGUCAUCUGGAUCAUCGUGGCGCACAAGCGCAUGCGGACGGUCACCAACUACUUCCUGCUGAACCUGGCGGUCUCGGACGCGUCCAUGGCGGCGCUCAACACGCCGGUCAACUUCAUCUACGCGGCGCACGGGGACUGGUACUUCGGGGACGCGUACUGCAAGUUCCACAACUUCUUCCCGGUGGCCGCCGUGUUCGCCAGCAUCUACUCCAUGACCGCCAUCGCCGUGGACAGGUACAUGGCGAUCAUCCACCCACUGAAGCCGCGUUUCUCAGCCACGUUAACCAGAGUGGUGAUCGUGUGUGUGUGGGGAGCGGCGGUGGCGCUGGCCUUCCCGCUGUGCUUCUACUCAAAGACCACACCCAUUCCCAAGAGGACGCUGUGUUACGUGGCCUGGCCCCACCGCCGCAGUGAUGCGUUCAUGUACCACAUCAUCAUAGCCGUGUUGGUGUAUCUGCUGCCCCUAGUGGUGAUGGCGAUCACGUACAGCAUGGUCGGAGUCACACUGUGGGGGGGCGGCAUGCCGGGAAAUUCCUCUGACAACUACCUGGAGCAGCUACACGCAAAGCGCAAGGUGGUGAAGAUGAUGAUCGUGGUGGUGGUGACGUUCGCUCUGUGCUGGUUGCCGUAUCACAUCUAUUUCAUCGUCACAGGUCUUUACUCCAACAUCAGCAAGUGGAAAUCCAUCCAGCAGGUUUAUCUGGCAGUGCUGUGGCUGGCCAUGAGCUCCACCGUCUACAACCCCAUCAUCUACUGCUGCCUGAACAGCAGGUUCCGCGCAGGGUUUAAGCGAGCGUUCCGCUGGUGUCCCUUCAUCACCGUGUCUCACCUGGACGAGCUGGAGCUGAAGUCGGCCCGAUUCCAGCGGAACCGUCAGAGCAGCCUGUUCGCUGUGACCCGCCUGGAGUCCAGCAUCGACGCACACAGCUCACACACCUCACACUCCUCACGCCGCAAGAGCUCCGCCGCCAGUCGCCAUAGCAGCCUCAGCAGCCAAUCACGUCUCACCACACGCCUCUCUCUGAACGGCUGUCAGCACACCCCUGCCAUAAACACCACGCCCACCUAGUGUCGGCCAAUCAGACGCCAGAAUCAGAGGGGUUACGGACAGAAAUUUGUGACGUGUAUAACCGAGACUGAAUUACUCAGAAACAUCUUUAAAAGUUACUCUACUUCCUGUUAAAUAACUUCUUCUUCCUUUUUACUGAGUGUGAGGUGAGUGCAGCACUCUUCUUCUUCUUCUUCUUCUUUCACACAUUUUCUUUCUUUUUAUAAAAAAUAGUUUUUUAUAAACUUUAUACAGUUUCAGAUUAAAGUGGAAACUUUAUUUUGGGGAAUUUAAGUUCCAGCUGCAGCUGAUGAUGUCACAGUGUGCGUUAGAGCAACCAAUCAGCAGCUUCGCUUCAAAUCACCAACUCACACUCAGUGGAACUGCACACACAUUACAGUCCUAACACACACUCACUAUAUCACAGUUCUUUCAUCCUUUCUUUCUUUUUUCUUUCUUUGGUUUUUUGUUUUUGUUUUUUUUUUGUCUUGUUGCUUUACGUGUUAUUUUAAUUGUUACAUUUUUUAUGCUAUUUUACUUCUUGUACCGUUUUUAGUCGACGUACAGCAGAAAUUGUACUUAAAACUCUCAAACUCAUGACUUUUUUUAUCCCAGUGAAGCUCCUCUCUACAUUAAAACACAAUUUCUGUUUUUUAGCCGUAUAGUUAUGUCACAUAAAUUCAACCUUCAGCUUGUAAAUGCUCUGAACGUGCCGGUUUUCCCAUAAACACAUCUCACUUUCACUCGUCAGAAACUGAAAUGAGGCUGAAAUGUGAUUUUAUGGAUUUUAUAAUGAAGUCUGUUUGGUUUUGUGGAAAUGAUCUAUACGUAGUGUUCCAGUUCGGCGUGAGAGAGAACAGCGCUGCCUGAUUUACUCGUCUGUAGUAGGUUCUGUUCAUUCUCACCGUGUUUAUGUUCCUCUCAGUGUCCGGCGAGUCUUUACUCUCUCUCUCUCUCUCUCUCUCUCUCUCUCUCUCUCUCUCUCUCUCUCUCUCUCUCUCUCUCUCUCUCUCUCUCUUUAGUCCUGACGUUCACACCAAGUUCUACUGAGGAGUUUAAUAACCAUAUACACACUGUAUCUAGCCUGCUUUAUAUACCUGUAUAUAUAUAUACGUAUCAAUAAGAACAACAUUCAUAACUAUUUACUCGUUAGUGUUCUUAGUUUAGAUAAACAUGUAGCUGCUUUUGUUGCCACGGCGAUGCCACAUGGCAGCCAUGAUGGUAAAAUGAACGAGUGUCUGAUACAAAAAAAAUGCAUCCUUCACUUUAUUUAAAUGUCAUGUUGAAACAUUUCGCCGGUAAACAGACACUCUGUUAAAAAUAAAUGAAAAAAGUUAGCUAGUUAACAAACAUUAGCAAACAUUAGCAAACAUUAGCUAGCUGGCGACAUUACCCUUCUGAAUUAUUUAUGUGCUGAAGUUCAGUUCAGGUUUCUGUUUCGUUACGCCAUAUUCAGUGAUCGCGUGAAUUAAUGUUGAUGUGUCGCAUUUCGCUAAAGCGCUACAUCACAUUUCUAGCUAAUGAUGCCUUUCCUUUAAUUAGCCUGCUAGCUCUGAGUAGCAUUUUUAAGCAAACGACUCAGACAUGAUGAAGAAACUACAAGUCACAUAUAGCACUAUAGCUCGUUUCCUAUUAGCUAAUAACCAAUAACCUGCUAAAGACACACUCAGCUAAUGUGUUCCAGAUAACAGAGCUUUAAUUUUACACUUUAUUUCCUAACACACAUACACACACACUGCUCACAGUGCAUUAUGGGUAACAUUUAGGGCACUAACUAGACCUCAGGUCUGGAAUUCAGUGACGUAAAGCUAGCAGUCAUAUGCGUUUAUAGCAUAUGCCUUCAUAUGCUAACUGCUAAUUAGCCGUGUUGUUGUGUUUUCUAUCUAUGAGCACAGACGGAAUUGCAGUAUUGUGUGUGAAGUGUAUGAAUGUAUAAUAUCACAGGAAAAUGUAGCAAAGAGAAUAUUCGAGAAAUGUUAAUAUAUCUGAACGCAUUGUUAGCUUUGAUGCUGUUUGUAAUACUUCCUGUUUAUUACAUUUUUAUUUUAGAUUUAAUAAUAAAGUUCAGCUGAUAAUCGACCUUGA